UUAAAUGCAGCUUUGCUUUUGAUAGAAUCGGUCGCGUCGCCUUACGUUCGGAUGUGUUUUCCGCGGAUGGGAAUAAACUGUACGCAUUAUAUAAGUUCAUAAAGGUCCACGUACCUUGAGUGACACCCAAUGGGUUUUCUGACUUAUUACGAUGCCAGCUGAUCAGAUCCAGUACUCGGAAAAGUACUUCGAUGACAAUUUCGAAUACAGGCACGUAAUCCUGCCCCCGGACUUGGCCAAACAUGUGCCAAAGGCUCAUCUGAUGACCGAGACCGAGUGGCGGAACCUGGGCGUGCAGCAGAGUCCCGGCUGGGUGCACUACAUGGUCCACGCUCCGGAGCCCCACGUCAUUCUAUUCCGCCGCAAACGCAUUCCGGCGGAGGACGCGCCACAGGUGGCAGCCGCAAAUGCGGCACAGGCCAUCGCCAACCUGUGCGGUUAACGUGCGGGAUCCACUUCCAAGGACAGUCACCAAUGCUCACACAGUAUUUUAUAAGUUAGCAUCAGACACACUGAUGUAAAAUAAAAAUAACAAUAUCCAUAGCUUUAAGAGCAGUUCUGCCGGCAAGUUCAAAGACACGAAACGCCAUGAAGAAGACGUUUUUGUUUAUUUCUUUAAGUUUAUUUACCUUAAAAUACAAAUCGAAGCGUACGCCCUCUGUACAGACAGUUAAAA